AUGGCCAGCGUGACAGCGGCGACAGCUGCUACAGCCAAUCGGGCGGUGUGUUGGUCGCCUGAAUGCACCGAGGCCGCUGCCGCCAUUCUCAAGGAUAUCGAUAUGAACGUCGAUCCGUGUACCGACUUUUAUCAAUAUACAUCUAUUGGUACAUUUACGACUUUGCGUAGCGACGCGCUUAAAGUGUUGAAUUGGGUGCUUGAAAGUUCUUAUGAAGAUGUCAUGCAACUGGCGAAAAAUACGACCGGGAGCACCGCAGUAACGGAUGAUGAUGAAAUUGAUCAGGAAAAUUUAGCCCGCAUGCAGCGUUAUUAUCGUUCAUGCAUGGAUGAAUUGACUAUUGAUGAAAUGGGGCCUACGCCGAUGUACAAGGGCUUGGCUACCAUGCUGGCCCCCUUUGCCACUGUCAACCACUCAUUGCCACUUAUUCAACCUGACGCGAUUCAAGCCUUCACCAGUGCUAUGAUCCUGCUAGGCGAGGAUCCCACCGAAGUUUUUAUUGACGUAUCGAUUGGCACGGAUGAUCAACGACCUGACCAACACAGCAUCAGUUUGGGUCAACCAAGCCUGAUACUGCCGUCCAGAGAAUAUUACAGUGAUCCCACCAUGAUGGAGAAAUUUCGAGAACAGCUCGUCAAUAUACUGAGCACGGCUCUUGGUGAAGAAGCGCCCGAGCUGCUUGCCAACGAUAAACGCGCCGAUGAAAGCAGCGAACAUGAACUGACCCUUUUAAACGACGAAGCCGCCAAAUCCUUGGCUGAGCGCAUCGUCAAGUUGGAGACACGGCUCGCAGAGCUGAUGAUGGCGAAGCAAGACAUUUUGGAUCCGAUCAGCAGUUACAAUCCCAUGUCCUUGUCGCAAAUUGAGCAGCAAUAUCCUAUCAUGAACUGGACAGCUUACUUUCGCCACUUUGUUCCUUCUUCCGUCGAUGUUCCUUCGCGCUUCAUUGUGACCACGCCCAAGUAUUUGGACCGUCUGACCGCCUGGUUUCAGAGUGGUGAACUGACCGUCAGCGAUGUCAAAGAUUAUCUUCUUGUGCGAAUGAUGCUUCACAAAGCCGUGGCUGUGGACAACGUUACACGAUCGGCGGUCCAAGGACUAAACGCCAUGCUUUCUGGUACAGUUAACACGCUACCCAAGCGUUCUCGCACUUGCACCAAGCGCGUUAGCGAGAAUUUUGGUCAGUUGAUGGGUCGUUACUUUGUGAUGCUUAAAUUCGGCGGUGAAGAUGAGCGCAACAAGGUUGGCCAGUUUCUCGAUCUUAUCCACGGUGCAUGGCUCGAUCGACUCGCUUUGAUUGAUUGGCUGGACGAAAAGACCCGCCAAAAAGCGAUCGAAAAGGUCAACGCAAUACGCCACAAAGCCGCCUAUAAUAUUCAAUCGCCCGAUGUGCGUUCCCCUGCCUCACUUCGGGACUAUUUCAGUGGAAUUGACAUUGAUGAGCAAUCAUUUUAUGAAAAUGAACGGUCCAGUGCAGCGUGGCAGGUACGCAAUGCAUGGCGUCGCAUCGGUCAGCCCGUAGAUAAAAGUGAAUGGUUCAUGACGCCUCACGAAGUCAAUGCUUAUUACUCACCUUCUUUCAACGAGAUUGUGAUUCCUUCCGGCAUUCUCAGACCUCCAUUUUAUUAUUCAUCUUCGGACGCUUUGGCUGCGCUUAAUUACGGCGGAGUAGGCGUGGUCAUUGGGCAUGAAUUGACGCAUGCUUUUGAUGAUUCGGGUCGUUUGUACGAUGCACAAGGAAGACUCAUGCAGUGGUGGACAAACGACACGACGGCUCAGUUUGAAGAAAAGAGUCAGUGCUUUGUGUCACAAUACAGCAAUUUCACCGUUGAAGGACCGAAUCAGACCAUGUAUCAUGUCAAUGGUAAAAUGACGUUGGGCGAGAAUUUAGCCGAUAAUGGUGGUUUAUCCGCUGCAUGGAUGGCCUUUCAACGACAGCUUGCAAACCACGGAGACACCAUGGCCAUGCGACUACCUGGGCUGGAACACUUGUCGCCGGAAGCGCUUUUCUUUAUCAAUUUCGGUCGUGUCUGGUGCGGUCAACUCCGCCCCGAAAUGGCGGUACAAAAGAUCCACGUGGAUGUGCAUUCUCCUGCGCGUGUGCGCGUCAAUGCAGCUGUCCAGAAUUCAGUCGAAUUUGCUCAAACUUUCCAAUGUGCCUCUGGCACACCCAUGAAUCCAGACACAAAAUGUCGCAUUUGGUGA